AGAGUUUCAUAAAAGUGCAUGUAGCUGGAAAAGAGAAAGAACGAGAGUAAGAAAGAAAGAAAGAAAGAAAAAGAGAGCGAGAGAGAAUGAACGGAUCAGCGCAGAGCUCACACUCCGCUCUGGAGAUCCAGCUCAGGAGAGGCCCCGCUGGUCUGGGCUUUAACAUUGUGGGCGGAGUCGAUCAGCAGUAUGUGAUGAAUGACAGCGGGAUCUACGUGGCCAAGAUCAAAGAGAACGGAGCGGCGGCACUCGACGGCCGACUGCAGGAGGGAGACAAGAUACUCGCGAUAAACGGGUGUAAGCUGGAGAAUCUGUGUCACAGUGCAGCAGUGGAGUUGUUUCGUUCAGCAGGAGAGGAGGUCACACUGCACAUCCAGCAGAGGCCCCCUCACAGCUCUAAUGGUCCUCUGGGUUCACGUUCUGACGGAGACUCGUCCUCGUCCGUGCCGUCUCUGGCGCUGCUCGGUGUGUUUGUGGCCGCGGUGGCCAUCACGGCCUUUGUGCUCUACAGACGUCCUGGCGGCUUCAGGAGACACACGCCAUUUUAAUCUCACACACACACCAUGAACUUCUUUCUCUCGAUGAGCGCCAAAAACAUAAAGCAGGGAACAGACGCAGAGCUGCAGGAGAUAAACCUCCAUUCAGAUCCAUAUUCAUCAUCAUAAUGCUAAUAACACAGUAACUGUUAGCUUUAGCCAUAAUCACACACACACACAGAAGAGGACGAUGAUGUUAAAGUGUAAAUACCUGUGUAUGUUAAAUACACUCAUUCUGUGGAUGAUGGAUUCAUUUUAA